AUGGCCAGCACCGUCCUUCACCUCCGGUCCGAGACCAAGCCCCUUGAGCACCGCUCUGCGCUCACCCCCACUACCACCAAGGCUCUGAUCGAGGCCGGCUACACCGUCAACGUCGAGCGCAGCCCCGUCCGCAUCUUCGACGAUGCCGAAUUCGAGGCCGUUGGUGCAAACCUCGUUGAGGAAGGAUCCUGGGAGAAGGCUCCUGCCGAUCAUAUCAUUGUCGGCCUGAAGGAACUCGAGGAGAAGGAGUUCCCCCUCAAGCACGUUCACGUCACUUUCCUUCACGUCUACAAGGGACAAAGCGGUUUUGAGAAGACUCUGGGUCGCUUCCCCCGCGGCGGUGGUACCCUUCUCGACCUUGAGUUUCUGACCAACGAGACAGGGCGCCGCGUGGCCGCCUUCGGGUACCACGCUGGCUUCUCUGGAGCCGCCCUUGCCCUCGAGAACUGGGCCUGGCAGCUUACCCACCCGGGACAGCCAUUCCCCUCCGUCGAGUCGUACCCCAACGAGGAUGCUCUCAUUACGGACGUCAAGAAGGCUUUGGACGAGGGCGUAGCGAAAAACGGCGGCAAGAAGCCAAGAGUGAUCGUGAUCGGUGCCCUCGGCCGCUGUGGUUCUGGCGCCGUUGACAUGUGCACCAAGGCUGGAGUCACCGAUAUCAUCCGCUGGGAUAUCCAAGAGACUCAGGCCAAGCCUGGCCCGUAUAGCGAGAUCAGGGAGUCUGACAUCUUCGUGAACUGCAUCUACUUGAGCCAACCUAUUCCUCCCUUCGUCGACAUUGAGUCUCUUCAGGCCCCUGGUAGGAAGCUUUCCGUUGUGUGCGACGUUUCUGCCGAUACCACCAACCCCCACAACCCCAUUCCCAUCUACACAGUGGCCACCACGUUCGACAAGCCCACCGUUCCAGUCGAGGGCUUUGAGAACCCGCCCCUGAGCGUCAUUUCCAUUGACCACCUGCCUUCGUUGCUGCCCCGCGAGUCUAGCGAGGCUUUCAGCAAUGAUCUGCUGCCCACCCUCCUGAACCUCAAGGACUGGCGCAACGACCCCGUCUGGGGCCGCGCUGAGAAGCUCUUCAAGGACAAGGUUGCUACCACCCUCCCUGCCGAGCUUCAGAAGAGAGAGGUCUAGUGGGCCCCUGUUCAGCCAUAUCUUUGUUUUCUGUGAAGUUGAGAAACCUGGCGUUUAAGGGAAGAAGGGGAACGUUACGUGCGUGAGGAAGAGAGAGAAAAAGAACACAUCCGAGUUGAGAAGCGGCUUCUGGGAAUGAGAUGUUGAGUUAGGGGGGGGGGAAAGUAUAGACCAUGUGCAGGCGUAUCAGAGGAUGAUUCGCCCUGUCAUAGAUAGAAGCUUGCUGGCCGCAGAUAGGCCUUGCUGAUGUACUCUUUUUGAUAUUGGCCCGCCGUCUGUCUCCCAGCUUCGGGUCCCUUUUUGGUGUUUGU